ACUCGACGCGUGUGUCGGCGGUGUUUCCAGUCAUGUCGGUAUCCAGCGGCUAGCGCCGGCCUCAGGAUUCCGCGAAGCGCGAGCUUCAAGUACCUCGAGGGCGCGGGCCUCGUCGAGAUGAGCGGUGGCAGCGGCGGGAACAGCGCCGGCAACCAGGGGAACGGCAAUGCCACCAGCUAUCACCAGCAUCAGCAGCAGCAACAGCAACAGCAACAACAGCAGCAGCAGCAACAGACACAGCUGGAGCAAGCUAGCUUGCUGACAGAUCUGAACGGUAUAGACCUGGCGAUGAGCCUAUCGCCUAAACAGCACUCGUCCCACGUACAAGCCGCUGGUGGCGCUCAUACCACACCGUUUAGCGUCACUGACAUUCUCUCACCCAUCGAUAACGAAUCGUUCAGGAAGCUGGAGCAGGUGAUCGGCGUCGGCGUGGUCACGCAUUCUCAGGUCUCGCCUUACGGAAACGCGUGCGGCGCCCGUGUCGGCGGCAAUACCGGUAGCUCGAGCGCGAGCAGCGGCAGUCCACCGCUUCACGGAGGCUCGACGCCCGGUGGCGGUACACCCGGGCCGGUUUCCGGUCCGAACGACGCCGCCGGAGGAGGCAGCGCCGCUGCCGGUACCGGGUCAGGCAUGACCGCCAUGGGCAAUCCUUACGCGACCAUGCAGCUCACCUCGCAGUAUCAGUACUGCGCCGCGGAAUUGUCGUAUCACCACGCGGGGCCAGCGGUCGCCGGGGGCGCGACCGCCACCGAUCCCAUGAGGUCCCAUCAUCCGUGGUACGCGCCCGCUCCGCCGGCCACUAACGAUCCCCGCUUUGCCAUCUCGCGGCUAAUGGGAGCCGCGGCGGCUGGUGCCGGGACCAACAUGGCCGGCUGUUCGGUGGGCCAGUCAAUGGGCGACGUGACCAAGUCGUCGGGCAUGGGAGUGGGCGUCGGCGUCGGCGUCGGUGUUGGCAUGGGCGUCGGCGCGAUGCAAUUUCCCCACCUUCCGCAGAGACGAAAGCGACGCGUUCUGUUCACUCAGCAGCAGGUUCACGAGCUCGAGAGGCGGUUCAAGCAGCAGAAAUACCUGAGCGCGCCCGAACGGGAACACCUAGCCGCUCUAAUUCACCUUACGCCCACUCAGGUAAAAAUAUGGUUUCAAAAUCACCGAUACAAGUGCAAGAGGCAAGCAAAGGAGAAGGCGAUGGCCGAACAGAAUGCUCAAAAUCAGAGUGCCAGUUCGCCGCGACGGGUAGCUGUGCCGGUGCUGGUAAAAGAUGGGAAACCAUGCGGAAGCGGGGGCGGAAACGAGGGCAGUCGUGGCGGGCCAAGCGCGGCCUUGGCGAGUCCAGCCCCUCACAUGACCGCGGCGUCGAGCCCUCACGGCUCUCAUCACGCGGCCUCUUCGGUACCUCAUCACUCGGUGGUCGGUGUGAACCACGUCAUAACGUCCAGCCAGAGUCUUCAGCAUUGCUCGUACUCGAGGACUGGUGCCCAACAGAGCAUGCAACAGCAACAACAACCGCAAUGCGGCGCGUACCUACCUUUCCAAGGCCGGGCCUGGUAGUACAUGCCAUCCGCGGCGGGGGCCAAUCCCUCCGUCGCAGGUCCAGCUGCUUGGUACCCUUUGGAAGACAGCCCCUAGAAAAAGUCCGUAUCCCGUGAAUUCGUUUCCAGAACAGCUUACCUAGAUGGCUGGAACUCAUUGGAAUUGAACGACGAGACUGAUCUAGAGGAUACAUUGUCCUUCCUUAGUGACGAAUAUUCAACGCAGAUACUGGACAGAGACUUGGUGAAAUCGUCCGCUCGCAACAAGGUGCAGACGCUUAACAAUUGUCUUCAACGGAGAUGAAGUGAUUCGAGAGACAUUGAGGGGGGAAAAGAGAAUUCUGCGUGGACCGCAGGACGGUUACUUGGAGCCAGUGUUCAGAGCGUGAAAAUCUUUCUCUUGUACAGCUUCAAGGAAGUUUUUCUUCAACGAAGGUGCGGAUCACUUUGACUAUUAUAUUAGAUAUUUGGAUCGAUGAAAGUCGUGAUGGAUCUAAAAAAAAAAAAAAAUUGGAAAUACGAAUAAUUUUCUGCGAUACAAAGUACUUACAUCAAUUUUUGUCAAUUUAACAAUUUGACAAUUACUAUUGUAGAAAUUCAAUUCUGUUUCCUGUUUAGUCUGAAGAUCUGUUUUGCGAAAACAGUUGAGUCUUUCUAAAUUGCAAAAUUGUUUCAAUUUCAACGAAUAUUUAAUAUGAUUCUAUCUUGGAAGAGAAAUUUGAGAAUGCAGGAACAAAGACGAGUGUGAACAUGGGAAGAACGUUAUUAUACGUACGAUUAAUACUUGUUUAUCCUAAUAACGAUAACGAAUUCCACUGAAAAAAAUAUUGGAUUACGUAGCUAUUACCCAAUCGUCUAUUUUUCAUCGGCGGUUAAUCUUCAAUAAUAUGAAAACAAAG